AUGGAUGUUGGCUUCCGAGCCAUCGACACAGCCACAAGCCCUUUGAAUGGAGAUGGUUUCGACUAUGCUCAGACAGCUGUUGGAGAGGCUUUGUCAGAAACAAGGGUGGAUCGAUCAGAAAUAUUUCUGACAUCCAAAGUUCACCCUGGAGAACUUGGCUAUGGUCAGACCCUCAGUGCAGUGGAGCGUGCCUUGAGUGAACUUGGCGAAGCUGCUGAAGGCUACAUUGACUUGUUUUUGAUCCACUUUCCUACCUGCGACCGCGAUUACUGUCCAGCUGGAGGAGCUUUGAGACCUUUGGGUACCUUCGAGGAUAGUUGGCGAGCUUUGGAAGAAUCCGUGCGUCGCAGAUGGGUUCGCUCUAUUGGCGUGACAAACUUUGACGCUCAACAGUUGCAACGGUUGGUUAACAUGGCGGAGAUCCCUCCGGCAGUUGUGGGCCUUUGGGCAGACAUUUUUCAUCCUGUACCACGCUCUUUGCGACGAAUCUGCGAGCAACACGCAAUACAGAUUCAAGUCUUUGGAGUCUUGGGCUACGAAUGGUCACAGGGCCGUGGCUUCUCGGGGAAGUUGGCCCAAAACCUGAGCCCGUUGCUGACCCAUCCGGUGAUUCGCAACAUUGCCAAAGAGAAGGGAUGGCAAAGUAUGGACGUGGCUGUGAAGUACUUCCUGCAGCAGGGUAUCUCAGUGAUCCUACGUUCUACGAAACAACAGCGCAUGUUGGAGGCCUACAACACGGCAGUCCUUCCCUCGUUGUCAAGAGAUGAAAUGGAGCAGCUGUUCGAUUUAGACGGAUUUCUAUCUUCCAACUUGAGAGUCCAUGCCAGCCCGGAUUUUUACUAUGGGAUGACGGGCUUCGACACGAGCCACCUCCAGGCAGUGGCUUUGGAGGAGUUGGAGCUUGGACCACAGGAGUGCUCAAAAGCACGGACCGAGUUCCAGGACUUAGGAGUGACGCGCAUGCGAAAAGCCGUACCAGAAGCUGUUUGGAAAUCCGCCCAGCGUGCAGCAGAAAAGGUUGUCCGUGAUCAUGGCGGUGGCAAUUGGGAAAGCAAAGAUUUCUUUCCCGAGGCUCUUUGUAAUGUCAUGGAGAUUACCAUUGACAAGUUUCAUCUCACAGAGGUGUUAUAUUUCUUCCCGAUGUUGGCCAACCUGAAAAGAUUAGCAAGAUGUGUCUUGGGUAUUGAGGACCCCGGAGUCUUCUACAUGCAUUUGAGAUCCAAGGCUCCAGGAUGCAAUGCGAGCACCAUCGUGUGGCAUCAGGAUAUUAGAUAUUUGCUCUCGCUAGCUACUGACAAACGUACAUACAACGAUGCGCAUCCAGAAUUGACUGAAUUUGCUGAACGUGCUGCUGUAUUUCAUAUCCCUUUGACAACGGAGACCUACCGAAAGGGAGCUUUGAUGUACGCCUUGGGCACCCAUCACAAAGGCUUAGAUCCCAAUUUCUGGGCAAAAGGCUGGCUAUUUGGACAUGACCCUCCUGAAUAUGAAUAUGAUGAGAACCAUGCCACAGUGAAGCUGAUGGAAGCUGAACCGGGUGACGUUUUGUCACAUUCCGUGCUGGUGCAUCAUGGUCCACGGCCCAACGACACCCCGGAGGUGCGUUGGCACCUCGAAGUGGGCGUCCAAGAUUUGCAGUACGAGAACAAGAUCUCCAUGCAUCGUAUGAUGUUGCCUGACGACCUUUCAUUGGCAUCUUUGGGGCGCUACAUCCAGGAGUUCAACGGUUUUGUGAAGGCGUUUCUCGAAUUUCCUUUUCAAGAUUCGCAGUUCCUGUCCAAGCAACAGCUGUCACAUCUGCUGUGUGCCCAUGUGAAAGCCACGGGGUUCCGAAUGUCACUGAUGCUGCCUGCCCAGAGUGCACUGCUGCUGGCCGCAAAGCUGUUGACCACAGAAUCACUCCGGCCCGUGCCGAGUUGCUUUGUUGGCGUCGCAUAUGAGGAAGCUUUGACAUGCUGCGAUCAACGCUUUGGGCCGCGAGGUGCUGAAGCCUGCUGGGAUUCUCAAUUUUCCUUCGAAAGUUGCUGCAGUAGAGCUCUUGAGUUUGAGCUGCAAUAUUGUUGCGGAGCCUACACGAGCAAAUGUGCCAGCUUCUCUUUUCGAUGCGUGCCAAAUAGCCGAUGUGAAAUUGAGAAGAUGCCUGGCGGAGCAUCUGAAUGCGACAAUGGGCGUUUGCUCUUCCCACCGAAAUAUACUGCCGUGGCGGAGAUGACAGGUGACCUUUUUCGUGGUCAGCGAUUGGGUUUGAAAGGCACUCUCUUCCUCAGUGAUAUGAUGGUGAGACGUUACCAGGCCGUUUUGACAGUGCACGGCCAAGAAGAACUGGGAUGGUUCCUCCAGGAGAAGGACUACAAUGUAUGCAGUGGUGAGUUUGUGCUGGGCUUCAAUGAUCGGUUUGGCACUUGCUUGCGACCCAACGAUCCAAUCCAGAAAUCGCAGGUGCUUGCGCGGCCUUUGCUUGAUCUGGAUUGCCAACAGAAAUGCAGGAUGCCCCAUUGCAAGACCUAUGCUGCUGUGGCCGUCCUGCAAUCUGAGUCUGACCACAAGUCCGACAAUGCCACCGUUAUCACCGACAUUGAAGAAAAUCAGCUGGUUCUUGCAGUUCCUGGAGCAUGCUCCAACGGUGAUGUGGCCUUCCGACUACUGCCACUCUUGAUUCAGAAGCGAGCCAUUGGGCGCAAGCAGGUUCUUACUGAAGUGAAGCUGCAUCAAAGUCUUCCUGACGACAGUUGUCAGCACAGCGACAAACCUGUUGCCUGGCCGCCUUUCGCUAUGCUUCUGGUUUUCCUGAUGCCCAAAUGCGUGGAGCAUCUGAAGAGUUGGACAGCCAAUUCGACGGGCUCCACCAGCCAACAUAGAGACGCACGAGAGAUCAACACAGAGAUCAAUGCAGAGAUCAACGCAGUGGACGUGUUGAGGGCCUUGGCGAUUUGGCACAGCUCCUGCAGAUUCUUGCAGAGCCCAUUUCCAUUCCACACCUUGACGGAUGGAAUGAACCAACGACUUUGGCCCCAUGAUCCUGUUCUAUGCCACCUCCUCAGCAGAAAACUCGAAUCAUGUCUCCAAGGCCUGUAUAGCAUCAUAACCAUCUACCUGGUACUCAGCUGUGAUUCGCUAGCAAUGCUGAGCAAGCGCUUGCUGCGCAAAGUUGGUCGCCAAUUCUUGGUGGCACUGUUCGCAAGUAUAUGGAUGCCCUGGAUGUUCUACGCCUCCUCUCCCAUGAACUGCAUCAGGAAGAACUCGCUGAACUACUUGAAGCCUGGGAGGGCUGCGGGUUGGCUUCUGUUUCUUCUGACAGCAACAGCUAACGAAGGUGCACAAGUCACGGCGGACAUGUGGCCAACAUGCGCUGCAGCUUUUCAGAUCGACAUGCAGGAGUUCCUGUUCAUUGGAAUCCUGGGUAUUUUGAGGCCUCAUCUUUGGCUCCACGUUCUACCAGCAGUGACGUUUCUGUACUGGGCAUGUCUCUUGGGAUCGCUUCAUGGAACCUGUGACUCUACGACGGGUGAGGAACAUGAAGGUGUCCAAGCUUCAUUUUGGAUGCAUUGGUUUCCGACCUCGCUGAUCUUUCUGAACCUGGAUACCUUGCUCCGAUCUCCCAACGGACAGUCUUCCAUGGCGCAUGUGAAGACCGGUCUCGGACUAUUCGGCAGUGCACUUCUGGUUGCUCUGGGUCUAUGUGUAAGUUUCUGGGUUGGAAUCGCACCUGUUUGGAGCUUUGACUGGCAGAAAGCGGGCUUGGCAACCUGCGGGUCGUUCCCGCUAGGGGGCUUGCCGCCGCAACUACAACUCAUGGUCGACUUCCCCUUCGAAGUUGUUGCUUUCAUGGCUUUGCAUCUCGGCUCGGCCCCUGCGCAGCAAGCAAAGAAUGCUGUGGAAGCAUCCAACGGCUUCUCAGUGAUGGCCUGUCUUUGGAGAAGUAUUGGAAAAUCUCGCUUCCUGCAUUUUUUGUGUUCAUUCUUCUAUGACCACCUCGGUUGCCUGAGAAAGGUUGCGCUGGCCUUUCAGAUCUGGCAUCGCAUUAUUUUCACAACAUUGAGGAUCCACAGCCCGGUGUGGAUGGAACUUUACUUCAACUCCAGCAGUGUUUUCGAGCACCAGCUUCUGUUCGUUGCCCCAGUGAUCUUUGCGAGCUGGAGCCUCGCAUGGUUGACAUACCACUUCAUCCAAAAGCACUGGAGCAAACUAAUCCGCCAAAUCUCUGAGCAUUGCUCGGACUUUGCCCUCUAUUCUUUUGUGGCAGGAUAUGUCAUCAUGUGCUCAGUCAUGUGGACAACAGCAGUGUGA